AGAUGCGGUCGAUCAAGUGCGUUGUUGUUGGCGAUGGUGCUGUGGGAAAGACGUGCAUGCUUAUCAGCUAUACAACCAACUCCUUUCCUCAGGAUUACAUCCCCACCGUUUUCGAUAAUUACAGUGCAAAUGUAAUGGUUGAAGAAAAACCUGUGACGUUGGGAUUAUGGGAUACAGCAGGACAAGAAGACUACGACAGGUUGAGACCCCUCAGCUACCCCCAGACGGACGUGUUCCUUGUUUGCUUUUCUGUCGUCAAUCCAACUUCGCUAGAGAACGUGGAACAUAAGUGGUAUAAGGAGUUGCAACAUCAUGCGCCGGGUGUUCCAAUCAUCCUAGUUGGAACCAAGAUUGAUUUGCGCAACGAGCCCCAGAUAAUUAAGAAAUUGGAAGAAGAGAAGCAGAGGCCAGUCACAGAGGAGCAGGGGAAAGCCAUGGCGAACAAGGUCAAGGCGGUGAAGUACCUGGAAUGCUCUGCAUUGACUCAGCAUGGUUUGAAGAGAGUUUUCGAUGAGGCCAUCAAGUGCGCGCUGAAGCCGCCAAAGCCUGAACCCAAGAAGAAAGGGGGCUGCACCAUCUUGUAAACUUGUCAGGGUCGUUGGUUGGGGUUUGUCUGUGCGCUUUCUCUUGCUCUCAAGCUCAGAUGGGUAAAUUUCAAAGCAAUGCCACAGGAAAGGAUGAUGAUAAACUUGGUGGAGGCCUCGUCUCUGCUGUGUUAGAAUCAUGAGUCUUCUGUGUAGAUCUUAUUUUUGUCAUGCGGCCUGCUAUAUUGGGUCGGCACUGACCUCUAUUUGUGUCAACGCGUGAAUGAAAUAACCGUGUAUCUGUG